ACUUUGCAAUUUGCAGCCUCUGCAUCACAACAACAACAACAACCAGAACCCAAGACUAGCAUCAUGGCGACGACUACCUACAGCGUGGGCAUCGACCUCGGCACGACGUACUCGUGCGUCGGCGUGUGGCAGAACGACCGCGUCGAAAUCAUCGCCAACGACCAAGGCAACCGCACGACGCCGUCGUACGUGGCCUUCACCGACAACGAGCGCCUCAUCGGCGACGCGGCCAAGAACCAAGUGGCCAUGAACGCGGCCAACACAGUGUUUGACGCCAAGCGCCUCAUCGGACGCAAGUUCCACGACGCGGUCGUCCAAGCCGACAUCAAGCACUGGCCCUUCAAGGUGACGCCGGGCGCCGCGGACAAGCCGCAGAUCACGGUCGAGUUCAAGGGUGAGUCCAAGACGUUCCAGCCCGAAGAGAUUUCGUCCAUGGUCUUGAUCAAGAUGAAGGAGAUUUCGGAAGCGUACCUCGGCGGUCCCGUUGCCAACGCCGUCAUCACAGUGCCGGCAUACUUUAACGACUCGCAGCGCCAGGCAACGAAGGAUGCCGGUGCCAUCGCCGGCCUCAACGUCCUGCGCAUCAUCAACGAGCCGACGGCGGCGGCCAUCGCGUACGGUCUCGACAAGAAGGGCGGCGAGCGCAACGUGCUCAUCUUUGACCUUGGCGGCGGCACCUUUGACGUGUCGCUCUUGACCAUCGAGGAAGGCAUCUUUGAGGUCAAGGCGACGGCCGGCGACACGCACCUCGGUGGCGAAGACUUUGACAACCGGCUCGUGGACCACUUCACGGCCGAGUUCAAGCGCAAGCACCGCAAGGACAUGACGCAGAACCAGCGUGCGCUGCGCCGUCUGCGCACCGCCUGCGAGCGCGCCAAGCGGACGCUGUCGGCGUCGGCACAGGCCUACAUUGAAAUCGACUCGCUCUUUGACGGCGUCGACUUCAACUCGACCAUCACGCGCGCGCGCUUUGAGGACCUCUGCGCCGACUACUUCCGCAAGACGAUGGACCCGGUCGAGAAGGUGCUCAAGGACGCCAAGCUCUCCAAGUCCCAGGUCCACGAAGUCGUCCUUGUCGGUGGCUCGACGCGCAUCCCCAAGGUGCAGCAGCUCCUCUCUGAGUUUUUCAAUGGCAAGGAACCGUGCAAGUCGAUCAACCCGGACGAAGCCGUUGCGUUUGGCGCGACCGUCCAGGCCGCGAUCCUCAGCGGUGACAACCAGUCGGCCAAGCUGCAGGACCUUUUGCUGCUCGACGUGGCGCCGCUCUCGCUCGGCCUCGAGACGGCUGGCGGCGUCAUGACGACGCUCAUUGCGCGCAACACGACGGUGCCCACGAAGAAGUCGCAGACGUUUUCGACGUACGCCGACAACCAGCCCGGCGUGCUCAUCCAGGUGUACGAGGGCGAGCGCAGCAUGACGGCGGACAACAACCUCCUCGGCAAGUUUAGCCUCGAUGGCAUCCCGCCGAUGCCGCGCGGUGUGCCGCAGGUGGACGUGACGUUUGACAUUGACGCCAACGGCAUCCUCAACGUCUCGGCGGUCGAAAAGUCGACCGGCAAGGAGAACAAGAUUACGAUCACGAACGACAAGGGCCGCCUCUCCAAGGACGACAUUGAUCGCAUGGUGCAAGAGGCCGAGAAGUACAAGGCCCAGGACGAGGCCCACAAGGUGCGCGUCGAGGCCAAGAACGCGCUCGAAAACUACGCGUACAACCUCCGCAACACGCUCAACGACGAAAAGGUCAAGAUCGACGCGGACGACAAGAAGCGUCUGGACGACAUGGUGACGGACACGAUCAACUGGCUCGACCACAACUCGCACGCGGAGAAGGAGGAGUUUGAAGGCAAGCAGAAGGAGCUCGAGGCGGUGGCUAACCCCAUCAUGCAAAAGAUGUACGCCGGUGGUGCGCCCAACGCGGGCGGUGUCCCCAAUGGAGGUGCUGCGCCGCCGACUGGUAGCACCACGCAAGGCCCGACGAUCGAGGAGGUCGACUAAGAUAUCAAUGCUGCCGCGAUACAUGUUUUUGCUAACAAUUUAUAUAUUUGACAAGUUGUAUUCCACU